GAUCUUGUGAGAAAUUCUCCACUCCUACUCCGGCUUCACCCUAUUUCUCCGGCUGCACGUGGAAACAAUAGCAGUGUAACUGCACUUGAUCUGGUGGGGACAAUAUCUUGCAACCCAUGUGAACGAACCUCUUGGGCUAUGUCGCGAGGACAACUGCUGUCAAGUGCGGCGCGCGUCGACUCUCCAUAAACUUGACGUGGAACAAGAAAACUCCAACGUUCUCCGACAAUGACUGCUUGAGCUGCACUCCUAUUACCGCUGCUGUCAGCCUUCCCCUCCCUACUUUCCUCCUCUUCUCCCCCACUUAGAAGUCAAGGCACACCAGUAUGGUGGAUAAAGGCCCCUUGUUGACUUCUGCAAUUAUUUUCUACCUGUCCAUCGGGGCAGCUAUUUUUCAAGUGCUGGAGGAGCCCAAUUGGAAGCUGGCCGCAAAGCACUAUAGACUGCAAAAGGAAAACAUACUUAAGGACUACCCCUGUCUGACGAAAGAUGACUUGGAAAAAAUACUACAGAUAGUUUCCGAUGCUGCUGGCCAAGGAGUCACCAUAACUGGCAACAAGACUUUCAACAACUGGAACUGGCCAAAUGCCGUCAUCUUUGCUGCAACAGUCAUAACUACGAUAGGAUAUGGAAACAUUGCUCCCAAAACAGCAGUGGGACGUGGAUUUUGCAUCUUCUACGGGCUCUUUGGGGUGCCUUUGUGUCUUACCUGGAUCAGCGAGCUUGGGAAGUUCUUUGGUGGACGAGCUAAGCACUUUGGUCAUUUUCUUACCAAGAAAGGAUUUUCAAUGAGAAAGGCUCAAUUUACCUGCACGGCUAUUUUUCUUCUCUGGGGCUUGCUGCUCCAUUUAGUCCUUCCGCCUUUUGUGUUUAUGUCCCAGGAGGGUUGGACAUAUAUUGAAGGCUUGUACUUCUCAUUCGUCACCUUAACUACAAUUGGAUUUGGUGACUUGGUAGCAGGUGUGGAUCCCACCAAAGACUACCCUACUCUAUAUCGCUACUUUGUGGAGGUUUGGAUUUAUUUGGGUCUGGCUUGGCUUUCCUUGUUCUUCAACUGGAAAGUACGAAUGGUGAUUGAGGCUCACAAAGCGCUAAAGAAACGACGCAAGCUACGCAAACUAUCCCUCGAUGAGCUGCGGCAUUAUAAAGAAUCUCACAAAGCCGCGCUCCGUCUGCCGCCCACUCCCAAUGAUGUCAACAUCUUCAGCUUCCUGUCUAAGAAGCAAGAAGGCUACAACGACCUGAUCAAACAGAUUGGAACUAAAAGCGACGAGAGACUCGACACCAGCACAGGGAACGCCAUGAAUAAAGCCAAAGCAAAAGACAAGGCUUGCUCCAAGAGCUGCAGUGACACUCUCAUGUUUAAUGGCCACACCAUCCUCAGUUUAGACCGUUCACCACGCCAGAAGAGACGAUAUAGCUUUAGCGACCGUGUCACCGUUGCCUUUUCCAAGUCCAAAAACUACCUCCUGGGCUCUGACAAUGGUUUGCUGCUAACGGAGAAUCAUGGUGACAGGGACGUCGUACUUGACCAGGCCCAAGUGUAUGAAAAUCAGCUCGACAAAGACGUGGAUCACGAAAGCGGAAGUGUGGGAGAUUGCGGCAGAACUACUCGAAGGACAUGGGAUUCCAAAGAAUACCAUUCUCUUACAUUCCAAAAUGCAAACAUUACUUUUAUUGAUGAGGAAAACUUUCUUGGCAAUAAUCUGGAGGAGGAGGAUGAGGAGGAUGAUUCCAAAGCGAAACUCUCAAUAACAACGUGUGACGAAAACAUUGAAACCGUCUCCAAGGAGGAGAGGAGCUCUGAGUCGGAUGGCUCGGUUUUUGCCAGUGAUGUUUCUGAACACAGCCACUCUUACGAGACUCUUGUAGAGGAAUAUGUAAAGGAAGGCAAUACAGAACCUUAGUUGCUGUGCACACAGUCAACUUUGCCUCCGUUGAUGCUUUUGAAGCUUUUCUAAUGUGAACUCAAAAGACUGGUAAGUCCAUUGCACUGUUGGGUUUGGAAAAGGCUAAACUGUCGAGCCAAAUGAAUGUUCUUUCCCUUCAAGUGAAUGUUCAUGCUUCUAUUGAAUUGAAAUCCCUAUCAUUUGGGACUUGAACACAUUUUACAUCCUCACUCGCAACAUUGAUUUGAGACUUGAUCAGCUCUAGCUGUCUUUUGUAGACACGUAGAAAAGAGUCAUCACUUUUUGUACAUCCAAAUCAUGCUCAAAUUAACAAGUUUUUCCUCGACUGCAUCUGUUCCAUGCAUUACAGCAAUACAUUAUCUAUAUGUUCCAGUAUAUUAGCUGUCACAUACGCCAUAUUGGUGUUUUGAAAUGUAUUUGAAAUGGUGGGCAUCGUAGUGUUCUGUAGCUACGUGGGUGUUUGUGUCUCUUGCACAAUUCCAUCAGAUGAGCACAGACCAAAGUCCAUUCCAAUGCAGAUGUUAUUUUUUUUUCUUAACCUGAGCCAAACCCUUUCCGUUCAUUUUGUAGUUUCUUUUUCAAAGUCCUUGAUGAAUAGUUGGUUGAGAGUGCAUUUUGUGUUGACUGCACGGAACAGACUUUGGCAAUGCGCCAUCAGCGAGUCUCAGAGAGGUAUUGUAAAACUGGAAAGGAAAAAAGAAAACUUGUGAGCAGAACUGGUGUAUUUAAAUUCCCGAAAUGAGACAACCACCAAAAGUGAUAAAACAACACUUCCUGUAUGCCAAAAACGGCCCUCGUAAUAAUAUCCACUUAUGUCUUUACUCAUGCUACAAUAUUGUACUGUGCUUCUGAUGAAUGAAGUGGCCUUUUCAUGUGGCAAUAUGAUGGAAAAGUAUGAGCCAAGUAAUCACUUUUCUUUCCUGCAUCACUCCCUCCACCGCAUUGCGUUUGUCAAGUCAAUAUUGUCUGAAAGCCCAUCGGCAGCCACAAACACCUCAGCCGAGGACAUGGCCUUGCUACUUGUUUGCUUUUGGGGGCUCGCACUGACACAAAUGACGGUAGUACUGCAAAUGACGGCCAGAUAGGUUAACACACCGCAGAUCCAUGCUCUUGUGACGUAAGUGUGUGUGUGUGUGUGUGUGCCUGCGUUUGUGCGUGUGUGUGCCUGCGUGCGUGCGUGUGUGUGCGUUUGUGGGUCAAAAAGUCCUAUCCGAAGCCUUUAUAUGCUCACUUCCUGCUUUUUGCACAUGCACUUGAACACAAAAACGUGAGUGUUAUUUCUAAUGGGAAGAUGCCAACAAAUGCAGUGUCACGCAGGGCUGUUGUAGACUUGGAAAUCUGAGUCGGGUUUAGUUCCUAGUUUGUAAAUAUUGGGUAAUGGAAGAUUUUUUUUUUGGUCACCCAUGGAACAAUUUCUGCCUACACAAUGCCUUAAAUCCACUGCAAAGCAGAGGAACUCAAGUAUAAUGCUAAAAUUUUAGUGUUUCACACUGGGUGUUUUUAUACAUUUCUACUUUUGGCCCCCACCGUUUUUUGGUGUUUGGUCACAUUUUCUGUACAUUUCUUUCAUUGUCAUUAUUAUGGUAUCCACAUAGGUGCGCCAUUGUUAUGCAGUCCUGGUACUUGUCAAACAUGUCCAAAGAAAAUUUACUUGUAACUGGUUAAACCCAUUGUCCUGUGUUUUCUUUUUUUAUGAUUAAAUUAUUGUUUGCAUAUGAAUUUCAAACCAAACUGUAUAUUUCAUGUAAAAAUAAACAUUUGUUGAAAAGUGA